AUGCGACAACAAGCGGAUCCAACCACGGUUAACAAGAUUGUAUCGGCGUUGCACGCUACUGCCACCUCAAUCACCGCCGUGCUCCUGCUGAAACACUCAUCAUGGCCGAUCCUAGAACCCAGCCAAGCACCGGGCGAUGCUCAACCGGACAAGGACAGAGAGCGGCCCCUGGAUGAUUCCCGGAACCCUCUCAUCAGCGGUCGAAACUCGCUAGCCAGUACACUCACGGCAUGGGAAACUGUGUAUCUGCUCUACGACACGUGUUUCAUGGUCUACGCGUCGCGUAAACGCAACAAAUUGAACACCAACGCUGCCGGCUUGCGCCUCGUUGCGAAGGAGUCGCCGGUCAUCCUCGCCCACCACAUCCUUCUCGCAUCCGCGUUUCUGGUGCUACAGUCCUACAUCGUCGUUGGCAAGGAAAAAGGGCUAUGGGUCAUCACGGCGUUCAUGUUGAUGAACAGCAGCAAUCCGUUGAUGCACCUGCGGUGGUACAUACGACAGCGAACGGGAAAGCCGAGCAACGCCAUAGAUGUGGCAUUUCUAGCAACCUUUGCUGGCGCUAGGUUCGGGCUCGUAGCCUGGAUCUUGACCAAAUAUGGGCAAUACCAUGGACUCGGCCCGGUGCAGGCCUACCGACUACUCAGGAAAGAAUGCCGCAUCGGGACUGCGAUGCUGGUUGGUUUCAACGGCGCAUGGUGGAUCAUGCUUGCCCUCAAGGUUGUGAACAGGAAACUCAAGAGAUAG